UCUGAGCCGUGGCCGCCGCGCCUGGGAGCUGGGCACCAUGUCGGGGCAGAGCCUGACCGACCGCAUCACGGCGGCGCAGCACAGCGUGACGGGCUCGGCCGUCUCCAAGACCGUCUGCAAGGCCACCACGCACGAGCUGAUGGGCCCCAAGAAGAAGCACCUCGACUAUUUAAUACUGUGUACGAAUGACAUGAACGUAAACAUCCCACAGUUGGCAGACAGCCUAUUUGAAAGGACAACUAACAGUAGCUGGGUAGUAGUCUUCAAAUCUCUCAUCACAACUCACCAUCUCAUUGUUCAUGGAAAUGAGCGUUUUACCCAGUACUUGGCUUCCAGAAACACAUUGUUUAACUUGAGCAAUUUCUUGGACAAAAGUGGAUUGCAAGGAUAUGAUAUGUCCACAUUUAUUAGGAGAUAUAGCAGAUAUUUGAAUGAGAAAGCAGUUUCCUACAGACAAGUAGCUUUUGACUUUACAAAAGUAAAAAGAGGAGCUGAUGGAGUCAUGAGGACAAUGAAUACUGAAAAACUGGUAAAAACUGUACCAAUUAUACAAAACCAAAUGGAUGCACUGCUUGAUUUCAAUGUCAACAGCAAUGAACUCACAAAUGGUGUAAUUAAUGCAGCCUUCAUGCUCCUUUUCAAAGAUGCCAUUAGACUUUUUGCAGCAUAUAAUGAAGGGAUUAUUAAUUUGCUGGAAAAAUACUUUGACAUGAAAAAAAACCAAUGCAAGGAAGCCCUUGACAUAUAUAAGAAGUUUCUGACUAGAAUGGCAAGAAUUUCUGAAUUUCUCAAAGUUGCGGAGCAAGUGGGAAUAGAUAGAGGAGACAUACCAGAUCUUUCUCAGGCACCAAGUAGUCUCCUGGAUGCUUUAGAGCAGCACCUGGCCUCCUUGGAAGGAAAGAAAAUCAAAGAUUCCACUGCUGCUAGCAGGGCUACCACGCUUUCCAAUGCCGUUUCUUCCCUCGCAAGUACUGGCCUCUCGCUCACCAAAGUCGAUGAAAGGGAAAAACAAGCUGCAUUAGAGGAAGAGCAGGCCCGCUUAAAAGCUCUAAAGAUCCUUUCGCAUCCACUCCCGAUGCCGUUGACGAUGCCCUUCCCAACUUAAAUCCUUUUCUCACAAAAUCUAGCGAUCACCUCUCUGUCUCCUCUGAUGUACACCCUUCUUUCACUUCUAGGACACCAACCCAUGAGAUGUUUGUUGGGUUUACACCAUCUUCUGUUGCUCCAUCGCAGCCAUCAGCAGGCCUUAACGUCGACUUUGAGUCUGUGUUUGGAAACAAAACUUCAAAUGCAUCAGUGGAUUCUGGUGGCUUUGAUGAAUUAGGUGGACUUCUAAAACCAACAGUGGCUUUUCAGAACCAGAAUCUUCCAUCUUGCAAAGCGCCACCCAAUAAGUUAGUAUUAGAUGACUUGGAUUCAUCUCUAGCCAACCUUGUAGGCAAUUUGGGCAUUGGAAAUGGGACAACGAAAAAUGAUGUAAACUGGACCCAGCCAGGAGAAAAGAAAUUAACAGGCGGUUCCAACUGGCAGCCCAAAAUCGCACCCACCACUGCUUGGAAUGCUUCAACCAUGAAUGGCAUGCAUUUUCCACAAUACGCACCCCCUGUCAUGGCCUAUCCUGCUACAACGCCAACAGGAAUGAUGGGAUAUGGAAUGCCAUCCCAAAUGGGAGGAGUACCAGUAAUGACGCAGCCAACUUUAAUAUACAGCCAACCUGUCAUGAGACCUCCAAAUCCUUUCGGUCCUAUAUCAGGAGCACAGCUGUCUGCCGCUUCCAGCCCAUCCUCUCAGAGUCCACACAGACCUUCAGGAAACGACCCCUUUGCAGAGGUCUCCUUGCAGGAUUUCUUAUAGGAUCCUUUAGGUAUU